CAUACUAUGCAAGGUAUUACUGUAUUGGGUAAUCAUGUUUAUUCUUCAGGAACGUGGACACAAAGAUGAGGUCGAUAACAACAUCUUUCUGGGUGACAUACUAGCAUUUGAAGGCAGGUUCUCCGAGGCUGCUAAAUUAUACCGCAAGAGUGCAAGAGACUCACUAGCCAUGAACAUGUACUCUGACCUCAGAAUGUUUGACUUAGCACAGGACUACCUGGGUUCUGAUGAAACUGUGGACAGGAAGCAACUUAUCAGCAAGAAAGCAGACUGGGCGCGCAACAUCAAUGAACCACGAGCAGCUGCUGAGAUGUAUCUCUCUGCUGGAGAAAUACACAAAGCCAUUGAGAUCAUGGGUGAAAAUGGUUGGGAAGAUAUGUAAGUUAACAGCACUAUAAGAAUACAUACCUAGUUACUAAUGACUGGGAAGAUAUGUAAGUUAACAGCAAUGAAAAGUGGACAGGUCAGGAAAAUUUAGAGUGUGGAUUGGCAAAAGGAAUCAAGAGGAGCAAGUAAAGUCAGUGCCAGCACAAGGAAUAGAUGAGCUGGCACCAAAACCAAGAACUUCAUGUUGGGAGACUGAUGGAAGACAACACUGGGGGAACAUUUGGACCAAGGGUUGCCAUAUGUAUAAGGUGAUGAAGUUUGUUUUAUAGUUUAG